CUGAUGCCGUAAUUGUGGCUAAUUUCAGAGGAAGGAACGCCCGUGGAAAUCACACUAAGCUUUCCGAAUGUAGCCACUGACAACCUUGGCAACGAAGGCACCUGGACACUCGUCUAUAACCAAGGCUUUGAAGUCACAAUCAACUAUCGCAAGGCGGCCAGUAUGUCCUCAACCUGAUGGACACUUACAGCGCAGGCCUCUCUCUCAUAUUUAUCGGGUUUUGCGAAGUCACAGCUGUUAUGUGGAUUUACGGCGUGAACAACUUUUCAGAAGACAUAAGCUUCAUGGUCGGAUCGACUCCAUCUUUGCUCAUGAGGAUUUGCUGGGCUUACGUCAUUCCAGGUGUUCUAUUCGUGCUAACAUUCCACGGCUUUUUCCACGCCAUCCCGAUAACAUACAACAACACGGAUCCUUACCCAGAAUACGCAAACAUCUUCGGCUGGUGCAUCGCUGCUUUGUCUAUGGUGCAAAUUCCUCUUUGGGCUAUCGUGGCUCUAUAUAACCGGCGAAAUAAUCUCAAAAGCGCAUUUCUACCAACUGAAGACUGGGGACCAAGAGAUCCACAAGAUUUUCGCGAAUACCGUGCACUACGGUGGCCCCUCGAGAAGCCACCUUCACAAAGCCCUCCGGCCCCAAGCCCGACUAAAGUGUUGAAUGUCCCUCAUGAUGCCCCGGCUGUCCCUCAUAAUGCCCCGGAUGCGCCUCAUAAUGCCCCGGAUGCGCCUCAUAACGCCCCGGAUGCCACUCAUAACAAACCGUGAUUGUUCGUUUUUCGGAAAGCUAUCCAUUGCCUGUCCUUUCUGCCGUGCAGAAAGUCUAUACAUCAAAAUUGCUGACCUAAUUUCUUGAAAGCAGAACAGAGAAGUGUCCAUACUAAUAAAAAUAGCGUACGUGAUAGUAAUGCACGUUGUGGCCGUUGUAACACCGAACUUGCGAAAAGUCGUAAUGAAAUGAACCAGAAAGAAGUGGCAAGACCAUGACUGGUGCAGGCGUGAGUUGCUUGGCUUUCAUGGCUUUGUAUCGCUUUGUAUAGCAGCUCGUUCCGACCAAGUUGCUCGACUUGCUACACUUGCCAAGCACAGAACAUGGUUUCUAAAGACAUACAGGGUGUGUGUGCAGAUCAGUGUUGUACAUAGCAGCGCUACUUGUAGCGUCGCUACUGUAUUCACUACUUUUUUCAGUAGCAGAGAGCGAUCCCGCUACAUUUUAAAUUGGUAACGGAAAAAAGUAUUUUCCGCUCCAAAUAUGGGUAGCAGCGGACUCUUUGUCCGCUACCGUUAGUUUUCACACUCAGUUUUCAUAUGCAGUAUAGAAGUCUUGGAACGGAAAUAAAAAGCGAGAUAACGGCGAAGCAGAAUUUUUCUUGUCGUUCUACUUGUUAAUCAGGCAGACUGCCGUGAUGAUCUUCCAUUUCGCAAAGUCUCAUAAGCUAAGCGCAACAGGAUUAUGAAUAUAAUACGCAUAUGGACUAUAGGAAGCUGGUUUCUGUCAAACAAUCAGCUGCAAAACUAGAGUGAGCGUGUUGAUAGCACAUUUCAAACUGUUUUGCUAUACGAAAAUAUAUCUGGAACGCAACGACAUAUCGCCAUAGUCAUUGCAGUCCAAACGUACCGCCGACUUUGCUUUAUCGUGUUUGUGCCUGCAGGUGAAGCA